UUCAGCACUUCAGCGCUUUGGACUGGCACAUUUGUGGCCGUGGGAAAAAAGAGAGGGAAAUAAAACACUCCGGAUCUCUGUUUUACUCUGAUUUAGGAGGACAUAUUUCACCUGAGAAAAAGGAAGGGGGGCGUUCUCAGACGGGACUGCCCUAUACAGAGCUCCAGACACUAGUUGGAGCUUCUUUUCUCUGCCAGGGAGCGCGCGCGUGUCCUCCAGGUGCUUCUGCAUCCCCCCUGCUGCCCGGGGGUGUGUGAGAAGGGAGCGAAGCCCACCAUGAAGGUUCUUCUCCCGCUAAGCUUGUAUUGCAUCAGCCUGCUCUCUCUCCAGCUCCAGGCGCUUCCUGUGGGCGACAGGUUGGACUUAAUGACGAGGCUGCAUCAGCUAAAAGAAGAAAACCUCGUCUUCCCAGAUUCUGACUCUGAUUCUGGCUCUGUUAAAUCUACCGCUGCCUCGCCGGCUGUUGCUUUGGAUAGAACAGCUCUAUGGAGAUCACUGUUGUUCAGAAACCCACCUUCACAAUUUGAGGAACAGAGGAACUCCAUUUCCCACAAGUCCAGGCCAUUAGGAGGAGCGUCCACUGAGCAAGAGGAGGCGUCAAACCAGAGAGGCUCGAGAAGUCGUCGCCAUGCUUUCCUACGUGGUCAGCAUCACCAGCAGAAGGGUCAGCUGAUGCGUGUGGGGUGUGUUCUGGGCACGUGCCAAGUCCAGAACCUGAGCCAUCGCCUCUACCAGCUAGUGGGCCAGACUGGGCGUGAAGACACCUCUCCGAUAAACCCUCGCAGUCCGCAUAGCUACGGAUGAGAGCGAUGUUGGCCUUAACUGCAAGCCCAGCAUAAACAGCAUUAUAUACAGCACAUCUACUCUACUCUGCCUCUUCUUUUUUUUUUCUUUUUUUUGCUGAUUGCCCUUUAAAUUAGAGAUUAAUAUACAUUUUUUUUCCGUUU